UUUUAAAUAUUGCUAAACAUCCUAUGUACAACUGUAGAAGGUGCAAUUGUAAAGAAUAUAAAAGAAAAAGAUGAAAUGAGUUGAUAAAAGUCAAAACACAUCCUGCAUUAGCUUUUUGGUGGAGCCAAGAUUUUACUCACUUUUACAAUCAUUGGCUUAAUUUAAAAUUACAAAGUACAGCGGAGUCUUAUAAUCAAUUGAAAUUACACUAAUACCACUGCUCAUGCCCAAUCAGCGACAAAGAAGGUGCCCGGUCCCUCCAGGCGCACGUUAGUAAUUAUGCCCGAGUACCCGACACGUGUGAGCCAAUCAGGGCCAUGUCAUUUUGACCAACCUCCGCUGCCGAUCCCAGGAAACUGCAGCUUCAUUUUUCCAUCACUAGCGUCAGUUAUCUGCAUCCGACUCCAUAUUAAGACCGUAGGCUCGCGCAGAUUCUUGAAAUCAUUCGGUGAAAAAUCGGCGACUCACGUGAGUGAGGUGAACACCGAUGUACGGAAUCGGUCUAACUGAGUGGGAGGGAUGAAAGUGGAAAAAGUAAUGAAGAAGUGGGGCCAAUGAAAUUAUAAAAAAUAUAGAAAAUUAGAUCCUUAGCGAUGAUGACGACGAUGAUGGGCUAGUCAACGACGGAGCCAGCUCAAAAAUUAACAAACAGAUCCUUUCUCCUAAGUCCAAACUCCAAAGUCCUAUCUCUUCUCCUUUACUUCUUCUUCUUCUUCUCUCUCCAUUAACGACACCCUGAGAUUUUUCAGAGGGAACUCAUUUUGCUUUUGGAGUUUCUAACGAGGGGAAGAAAAAAAAAAAGAAAAACUGAACUUUCUUUUCACGUGAAAAAGCAGAGUUGAAAGUUUUGACUUUUGGAGAGUGAAUUAACGGAAGGAAGAGGUUGUUUAGUUCAGAUACUCGUCGGAGAGGCCAUUUUCAGUAAGGUGAGCGCCAUAAUAAUCCCAUAACUAUUUUGUUCUUAUUUUUUAAACGCGGAAAGAGAUUACAGGGCGUUUGGGAGGACAUAAACUUGUUUGGAUUCGUGGGAAAGUAACGGAAUUGUGGAAGGUGGGGCUGGUAAGGAAUGAAGUGAUUUUUUUCUCUCUUUUUUUCUUUUUUCUUGUUGUAAAUGAUAAAAAAGAAACGGAGAGAGAGAGAGAGAGAGAGAGAGUAGGUAUUGGUGGUGAAUUAAAUGGGGGGAGUUGUAGAGUGUAGCAGUAGAGAUAGAGAUAGAAAGAGAGAGAGGAAGAAAGAGAAGGAGGAGAUGGGGUUAGUUAAUGAAUGCUAUUUAUUAAUUAAUUGAAAGGAGCCGUUUGUUGCUCUCACUCAACUCUUUCUCUCUCUCGCCCAGAAUUUAUUGCGGAGAGAGUCGUGGAAAGCGGUGUGCCCAACCCAGUUUACUUUUAUUUCAUUCUUAAUAUAAUAUAUUUAUUUAUGUUAUAUUUGUUACUCUCUUGUUUUCUUCUUCGUUCUUUCACUAUUUGGUCCUCUCUAGAACUUUUUAUCAUUUUCUCCGUUCUCUGGCUGUCUACGGUUUAUGGUUUCAGCAAACUCACAUCUAUAUUUGCUCCUGGGGUAGAAGAAGAUUCCUUAGUAUUAUUUUUGCUCUAAUCUCAACAGAUUGAUAUAAGUUAAAAGGGUUUUCUUAUAUUAGUGUUGCAGUGCUUCUUAAGGAUUCAUGCUUGAGAAUUUCCCUUCCUGUAGCUCUGAAGAUUCUAUUGUCAGUGCACAUCCAUAACCCAUGAAACUUGAAAGGGAAUCUGUGUUUGGCCAUAUAUCUCCGGGACACAAGCCUGAUAGCAAGUUGUUCGAUUACAAUAACAUCUCUUUGGAAUCCACCGGGUUGAAGUCGCAAAGCAUCACAAAAGAUGGUCAAAAUCGGCCGUUGUGUGAUUUUAAGGACAACGAGAAAGAUGCUGCUCAGUUAAUUUACUUGAUGAAUGAUGAAGGUAGUUUGGCUGCAUCAAAAGUUGAUUGUUUUAAUAAGGUGGAUGAUAUAAACAAUCAGGACGAAUAUGAGAUUGAAGAAUUUGCGGCUCCAUUCACCAAAUCUUCUUUAGAAAUAAAAAACGGAUCAAAUUAUUAUACAGACAAAAGUGUUAUGGAAUGUGAACUGCCGGAACUUCAAGUUUGCUACAAAGAGAGUGGUUUCAGUUCUGUCAAGGACAUCUGCAUCGAUGAAGGAGUGCCGUCCCAGGACAAGUUCUUAUUUGGAAAUGGUGAAAACAAGAAAGAUCUUUGUACGUUUGUUUUUCCUGAUGCAGAUGAAAAUGAACAACACAGUAAAGAACACAUGGAUAUUGGCAUCCCAAGUUCAAUCGCUUUAAAAUCUUCUGUCAAAAAUCAGUCAGAAAAAGAAUUUGUCGUGGAUUGUGAAUCCAAGGAUUUGAUGCCGAGAGGCGAGGUGAAAUGUGAUGCACCCAGUGAUAAAAUUUUUCCUGAAGAUUUAGUUAUGAUGAGGGAGUUAUGCAUAGAGAAUCUUCACUCCAAGUCUUCUAGUUGUGAUGGCAUUGCAUCUGUGCAAGUUCAGACAUCAAGUGACAAUGCAAGUGAAACAACACAGAUGGAUAGCAUGGGCUCUGCUAUGGCAGCUGAGAAGCUAGAUAAUAACAUCGAGGAAGAAUCGGAAAUACCAUCUUCUCUAUCUGCAGCCGAAGAAUCAUCAAGUAGCAGCAGCCUUGACAACCAGUUAUCCAACAAUAGUAAGAAGGAGAAGGGAAGUAGUACUGGUGAUUUUGAUUCCUUAGUUUCUGCAGGCACUACAAAAGAGGAGUGCUCUCACAAUGGCAUAAGUGAAUGUCUUGAAAUUGAAGAUGCGUCUCCCGUUGAUGACAGGAUGGUUGUUCCAGACCAAGUUCAACACAAUCGUUCUUCUGUUAAUGUAACUAGAGAGGAGGAUCUGCAACAUGGUGUCUGUGGAGGCGACAAAACUCCGAACACAAUGGUUGAGGUUGAGAGUGAGACUUCUGCAAUGAGCUCUCAGCAAGAAUUGGCCACAGAGGAGUGCUCUCACCAUGGUGUUAGUGGACGUAAUGAAACUACAAAUACUUCCUCGGUUGAUGAAAGGAAUUCCGAGACACAGAAUGUUUCAAGCCCAGUCGAACAUGUCAUGGAUAAAGAGUCUCCCCGAAAUAGUGACGCUCACCAAAGUCGAGACAUGCCCAUGUUUGAAGAUGGGACAUUCGGUGCACAUACUGUUUCGGGUCAAUUUCAUUAUAGCCAUGGAGAGUCCAGUUUCUCUGCCGCUGGUCCAAUGUCAGGUCGGAUAAAUUAUUCAGGGCCUAUACCAUAUUCAGGCAGUGUCUCUCUUCGAUCAGAUAGCAGUACAACAAGCACACGUUCUUUUGCCUUUCCCGUAUUACAGUCUGAAUGGAAUAGCAGUCCAGUUAGAAUGGCCAAGGCUGAUCGGCGACGUUUUCGAAAAGAUAAGGGUUGGAGGCAGGGCCUUCUUUGCUGUAGAUUCUGAUUGCUUCAGUUCUUCCAAUAGAUUUAAUUAAGUUCAAAUAUAUAUAAAUACAUAAUAUAAUAUACAUGAUCCAAAGUUUUCUUUAUGUUACUUGAUCAUUAAUAUAAGUCACCCCACCUUUCUCUGUGGUAUUGGUUUGUAUGUGCAGUAUUUUUGCAGUGUCAUACUUUUGUUAUCCAUGAAAGUUGAGAUGUAAGCAAAUCUUUAUAUGUCAUUUGGAAAUUGAUUUCUGCAUCA